AUGGAGCGAAGUGUCGACGAGAAUAAUGUACGUAACGAUGUCAUUGAUGAAGACGAAAAUACUAGGUUGUACCCUUUUGGCGUCCCGGUGUCCUUAUGUAGCACUCCCGUUCAAAUGGGUAAUAACAAACUACCAUAUGUUUUUAUCAUUGUACAGUUGAAGUUCAUGUUUCCUGAAUUUAAUGAGAAUAAAUUUCGGUUAGUUCAACUGUGGGUUCUUUUAUGUUUCCAUAGUGGCAUCGUAACAACAACCCACUGUGGCGAGCCCAUCGUUGGACAACUUCAACUGUAUUUGGGAUUUUAUUGGCUCUGUCUUACCCUUUGA